AUGGCUGGCUUUCUUUUUCUUUAUGCUAUUAGACAUUACAUUGUUUCUCUGGCUGUGGGAAUCUGCCACAGAGUCCCACAAAGGGCGGGACAUACCUGUCUUGAUGGACAUUCAGAAAUGGAAAGACCGACCCGCCGUGGGGUGCACAGGCCUGGCCCCAUCGGCGCCCAUAUUCUUGGAUGGUCGGGAAGACACUGCUGGUUACCCCUCUCUUCAGCCUCCAUGUCCCUGUGCCAACGUUUAGAUAAGGUCAAUGGGGUGACAGUUCACGGAGCCACGCCCCUCUUCAGUGCUUGCUGCAGUGGCAGCACUGCGUGCGUCAACGUGCUGCUGGAGUUUGGAGCCAAGGCCCUGCUCGAGGUGCACCUGGCUUCACCCAUCCACGAGGCAGUAAAGAGAGGUAAUAGAGAAUGCAUGGAGAUUCUGCUGGCAAAUAACGUUAACAUUGACCAGGAAGUGCCUCACCUUGGAACUCCCCUGUAUGUGGCUUGCACCUAUCAGAGGCUAGACUGUGUGAAGAAGCUUCUAGAAUUAGGAGCCAAUGUUGACCACGGCCAGUGGCUGGACACCCCCCUCCAUGCCACCAUGAAGCAGAACAGUGUGGAAAUCAUCCACCUGCUGAUAGACUACGGGGCUAACCUCAAGUGCAGAAACGCUCAGGGCAAAAGUGCGCUUGAUCUGGCAGCUCCGAAAAGCGGCGUGGAGCAGGUGCUCCUGCUCCGGAAAGGCCCGCCUGCUCUUUCCCAGCUGUGCCGCCUGUGUGUCCGGAAGUGCUUGGGUCGCGUCUGUCAUCAGACCAUCCACAAACUGUAUCUGCCGGAGCCCCUGGAAAAAUUCCUCCUAUACCAGUAGUCCCAACUGUCCACAGGAAGAUACUUGGAAAUAAACAGGUUGUUGCUUGCUGUACCCAGGGUACCUAGUGUAACACCCAACAGCUAGACUCUCAAAUGAGCUAAGCUACUUAGAGCACAUCCCUGAUGGACUGGCACAUGUGGGGAAUGAAAACUCCUGGUUAGUUUAAUGUUCUCUUUAACCAAGGGGCAAUCAGAAACUUUUCUGUUUUUAGCUCUUGUUGUUAAGAAACUUUAAAAAAUUGUGAAGUAGGGUGAAAUUAAUAGGCUGUUUUUCAAGAUUCAUGAUCUUCGAUUAUCUAAGGAUCACCGUUCUGAAUAGCGUGUAGACACGUAUAAAUCUGGGUGGAUAAGAUUAGGAUGAAUAUAAGUAUUCCAAGAUGGGUUCCUGAUUUAGUUCUUCCCUUCUUCCCCCUUUCUUUCUUUCCUUCCAUGAAUAAAUCUCUGCAUGAAAGUUUUUUUUUAAAUAAA